AUGGCAAGCUUACAUGUAGAAUCGAAAACUCAGAUUCCAUAUUUCCUUGAAGCAGCCGAAACGAAUCAAGGGGGGAAUAAUUCAGCAGGCUGGAGUUUGAGGCUGGAGCAGGCAGAGAAAUAUGAGGUACAAGAAGCAAUGAGCACUUGGCUCGUGUUUAAUACAUCCUAG